UGCAGCAGGAGAUUUUAGCUCUCCAGAAAUACUAAAAGGCGCCCAAGUUUGGUUCAGAAUGCGUCCAUAACCCACCGAGUCAUCUUUUAAAGGGGUGAAAUUGAAACCUUCUGAUAAGAGCUUCGCUUUAUCUUUAUUCCUGGAGAGCUUGAGUCCAAAGGAGAAAGAAAAUGAUCGGGAGAGCACUGUUCAUCUUGACAAUACUGUUCAACUGCGUUCUGUCAUUGCCGGUAAUUUCAAGUCAGCUGGAGAAUGAGGACGUACAGGUGAUGAAGUGCAUUGUGGAGGCGUUGGCUGGCGUGCUUUCGAAGCCCCACCCCAAUCCUGUCAGUCAGGAGUGUUUAGUCACACUGAGGACAGAUGACAGACUGGUUUCCAUCCUUCGCCAUCAUAACUUUCUGAAGGAACUGCAGGAGAUUGCUAUCAAAGGAGGUCAGGAGAGAGCUCAGCUGCAGAGAGAUGCUGGUACUCCUGACUCAUCAACACAGAGUCCUCAGACUGCAAGUGAUAUCAUUGAUCAAUCCAUGUUGGAGGCUUUAGGAGGCCCAGGUGAGAGAUCCAUCCUGUCUCAGAAGAGGACAACAGGACAUGAAGGCAGAGAGGAAGAAAAGGAUGUCAGCCAUGCGGAUGGAGAGUCACAGGAGGACAAUAACACCGCUGAGGAGGUGCAGUUGAAGAGGGAGAAUGAUGAGAGCCUGGGAAGUCACGUCUCUAAGUCUGAGGAUGAGUGGAGUGAGGGGAAGACUGAAAAGAGGGAGGAGGAAGAGGAAGAGAGCAAUUUAAAUUCAGAGGAGAAAUCAGAGGAGGGAAACAUGGCGAAGGAAAAAAAAGGUGCAAGAUCGGCUGAAAGGCGAGACACACACAGAAACAAAUCAAAAGAGAAGAAAUCAGAUGAAGAAGAGAAAGAAAGGAGAUCUAUGUUUUUCUCACAUAAACAACAGCAGAAAGAGGAUGGGGAGGAAGAAGAGGAGGAGACAAAAAGAGGGGGUAUGGAGAAUGUAAAGAAAUGGAAUAAGAGGGGCCAUGUGUUGUCACUGAAGAAAAAAGCUGUCAAAAAGGAUUUACAGCAGCUCACCAGUCAGCAGGAGGAAGUGCCACAUCAUUCAAAAGAAGUGUCAGAGGAAGUAGAGAAGAAAAAAAGAAACCAGCAGAGGAGUCCGGAGGAGAAAGAGCUGCGGAUGAUUGCUCGAGGCAGACCUGAGGAGAGGAGGGGCUCAGAGGAAGAGGGGAGCGCCAGCAGGAAGUCAGAGGAGCCAGAGAUUGAAAGCCUGGCAGCCAUCGAGUCAGAGCUUGAAAAUGUUGCCCAGAAACUUCACGAGCUGCGGCGAGGCUGAGCAAGAGAUCGGAAGAGAAGCUGACACGGCAACCUCCUCUGCCACUCUGUCCUCCUCCGCUUUACCAGCUGCCUGGUUUCCACAGAUAGAGCGUGUGAAUAUGUGACAAGAUUUUAUCUUUCGCUGUUUUUUUUUUUCUGAAAGAUGCCCUUGGGCACUAAACUGCUGCAGCCUCCCUUGUGACAUCCUGUCCCUACAUAGAUUUGUAAACAGUAGAUGCACAUUGAAACUAGACUUGCAAAAUAAAAACAAAGAAAUACACAACCUCUGUGCAUUCAGAUACUCGCAUAAAAAAUUCAGAAGACAUAGCAAAGGUCCACGAGGAACAAUACUCCUGUCAGUGCAGGUUGGCAGCUUGUUUUUUCUCUUUUCUCUCUGACAAUCAUUUCUCUCUCAAAAAAGUGUCUUGCCUGCUUUUUGAAUUAUUUUAACACAACAGUAAUUGUGUAAAAGGUUGGGAUAGAUACAGGUAUAUAUAAAUGUACAAGGUAGGGUUGUACCAUAAGAGCAUGUAAACAUGUACAAAGAGCUUCUGAUAGACUAAUGUAAGCAGAAGAAGACAUAGAUGCUUGCUUAUUGUAGAUACAGUUGACUUAAAUGAAGUG